AUGUCAGCAACGUAUAUACCGCGUGGAGAGUCAUUUGGACCUGGCGUUGGGAUACCUGCUUUGGGAUGGAGUAGCCAAGAGAGCUUUAAGGAUAGUGCGGACUUUUCUGCCGUCUCGGAUAGCUCAAGGGGGACACCAUUAGAUGACAGUAGUUAUUAUAAGGAUCGAUCAUAUCCGUCGCAGACACCCCACCGGUUUAAUAAUAUCCAUCUCCCGGAAUAUGAUUCUCCAGGCCCCCCUACAGCAACCUUGAUGAAUCCACAAUUGUCCUCGGCCACCAAUAGAGGCUUGACAGCAACGUCAAACAAUUCACACCAACAUGCGGCCGGUAAUAAUGCGAACACACCAAUUUCACCAAACGACGCGGGUUCCCAAUGGUCCAUGAAUCGCGUUUUGUUGUGGCUGGCCAACAAUCACUUUUCGAAUGAUUGGCAAGAAACUUUUAAAGCGUUGAAUAUAUAUGGCUCCGUGUUUCUUGAGCUAGGCAGUGUUCAUGGUGGUAGAGGUAAUUUCGGGAUGAUGCAUCAGCAAGUAUAUCCACGGCUGGCAAAAGAGUGCUCGAGUAGUGGGACUGGCUGGGACCAAGCUAGGGAGCGCGAAGAGGGGAAGAGAAUGCGGCGUUUGAUCAAGGCUAUUGUGACUGGGAAAAGCAUAGAAGGCAGCAAGUCUUCGCAAAUUCGACGGCAAUCGUCUGCAGCCAAUCUCAUUGCAAGUGCCAGUACGGAUGGCACUAUGGAUAACUCGCUCCAUCUGAGCCGCGGAAAUGGAGUCUCUUUAUCUACACCGAACACAGCAAACGGCGAUGAUAAUGGCGCUGGAAAACAGAUGUUUACAAGUUCCGGACAAGUUUUGGGAACGAGAAGGUUUUCGGGAAGAAGUACCACUAUGCCUAUUUUGAGCAAUAUUAAUACCGCAGAAGAGAACGAUUUCAAUAAUAGCCGAAAUGCCCAUCGAAAUGUUUUGAAAAACAUCGAUAAUGAAGGCCGGCGGCAUAGCCCGAGCGCCAGUAAUGAAUUCAACGAAGGUACUUUUAAGUCGCAGCCCCUUCGUCUAGAUGGAAGCCCAAAGAGCGGUAGUCCUGCUGGGACAUAUGCAACGCUUCACACGCCAGUCGGGCAGAAUUUGUCGGCCUCACCUCGCAGCGCCGUUUUUGGCCAUCGAUCGAGCAACAGUACCGAUUCUAUUUCUUCUAGUCAAGCAAUCUACGGAUCUGGGGUACCAUCGGGUGCUAGCCAAGCACUCAGAGGUGGAAUGGGGGGAGCCGUCGGCGAACUCAACCUUGUAAGAAACCAGGAUAGUCGAAGACAUGGUGUCGAUGUGUCGCGCCCUUCUCCCAUGGAUGGCGAGCGCUCCGCAAGCUCAGAACAACCCAGUUCCGCAAAAGAAUCGAAAGGUUUCCUCAGUCACUGGAGGAAGCGACGAGGAAAAGAAGAUGGGUUUGCUCCAUCACCAGAAGACCAGAAUCUUGAUUCGCCCACCAGCCCAUCCCUAGGCUUUAAAGCUGCACCUUUCUUGGGUAAUGGUAAGAUUAGCAACUCUAGCGAAACUUCCCUGGACCGACCUUUGUCCACAUUCUCGGCGUCAGAGUAUGAUAAAUUUGCUCACAAAACCGGUUAUCGGGGUGUACGAGCUACAGGAAGAAGCUAUGUACUAGUAACUACAGACGGCUGGAACUUUCGCUUGUGCGAUCUCACGGAAAUCGACAACGCGCAGGAUCUCAAGGCUACUAUUUGCUCGAACUUAGGCAUUCAUGACUCGGAAUACACACAAAUUUAUCUAACUGAGCUAGGUAAAAUGGAGCAUGAAGAAGCGCUAGAUGAUCAUAAACUUCUGCUUUGCAAAAAGACCAAAGCUGAUCAGUCUGGUAAUCUCAAAUUUUUUGUUAGAGGCCCGGCGAAUUCCGCAAUAUCACUUCCUGCCUCACAGUUCACCGGCCCUGGUGUGAACUUUACUACCGAAGGGAGUGGACUUUCGCCUAGUCUACCACCAACGGCGCCUCUCGAUGAAGAAGCUUAUGCGCAACUCAAUGGAAAUAGAAGACGAUCCAGCUCGUCUCCGCCUACUUCACGGCAGAACACUGUCAAAGGCGGAAGUGCACCACAAAAAGACCAAUCUGUGCCCGUAACCGAAACACCAGACGCACUUAAAGAGCGUCUAAUGGCGUAUCGGGCUUCGCACCUUGGAGAGAGAGAGAUACCAGAAGCUGAUAGACAAGCAUUUAUAGCAAUGGCAUCCGCAGAACACAAAGCCGAAAUGGACCGGAGGCAAAAAGAAUACCUGGCCAAGAAGAAGGCGAUCAAAGGUACGCCAACCACUGCGGAUGGUCCUGUGGGCAUUGUUGGUCGUAAUGUUGAUUUUGACCAACCGCGGCUGUCGCCUUUCGAAGAUAAGAAGCCGGAUAUUCUUUUCCCCCAAAGAAAGGCCCCACCAGUCCCGGGAGAGUCAGCUACCUUGAUUAAAGCCAACUCUUUGAGCAAGAAAACUGGUCAGCAAGUUCUUUUACCGUGUAGCGAUGUCGAUAGCGAAGGCAAACAUUUAUCCGGAAGUGACUCUUUGGAAGGAUCUGGCACUAAACGGAAGCCAGUUCCAGCUUCGCCUAUAACUCCAGGAGGUAUAGGUGCUGCUCUCUUCGUUAUGGGCAAGGGGUUCUCAACACUAGGCCAUCCAACAAGCACUGUGGCUCCAGCCAAAAAGUCGCCUCCAAUCGACGGCUCGGAGAAUCAUGGCAAAAAUGCUAUGUCGAUGGUCGAUCACGGGAACACUGGAUCUGGUAGGAGCAGCCCUAAAUCGAGUGGCACUCCGGGCAGCAUUACCUGGGGCAAAGGCGAUACACCAUUUAUUAUCCCUGAUUAUGCUGUAGAAGAAGAAAGCUUAUCGGCAAGCAUUGGUACAUCUUUGACAGAUCCUACUACUGCUGCAAUAGCUAGAAUGAAGGAGGAAGAAAUUCGAAGAGGCCCUUCUCGCGAUAUUAGUCCAAAUAGUGCUCACAUAUCUGAACUCACAGUACCUGGAAACCGGAAAUCUUAUGGUCCCAACCUUGACUUCACCGAGGCAAGCGUUGUUUUUGAUAAGCCUCCUCAACAAGUAGAGCAAGAAGACUCCGACUCCGACUCCGACUCUGGUUUAUUUAGCAUACCAAUACAAAAGACGCAGAAAGCCAAGGAGAGCGUCAGUGGAGAUAAUACUUCCGGCAUCUCCAAGCGACCAAGUUUGACUGUCAAGACCGCAAGAUCCAAGAAGGGCCUUUCUGUAUCAUGGGGCUCACCUCAACAGGAUAGCUCAUCCUCAUCAAGCCUUUCAAAACUUCCCGAUUUUGACAAUCAACGCAGAGACGAAAGCGAGCGGACCACUGAAGAAACUGAAGAGGAGAAACAGGCAAAAGUGCUCCGUAGACGAUCUUUCGCGCGUACCGAUACCUGGGCUCCCAGACCUCCCGAGGAGAAUAUCCUUAAGAAUCUCGAGGACUUUUUCCCUAAUCUCAAUGUGGAUCAACCCAUCAUGGACGAGGGUGUCGGUGGUUCCCCACCAGUUUCUCCUAUCGCAGAGCAAGAUACAGUGGAGUCAGCUACAGCUACAACGCCUUCCAUGUCUUCGUUGUCAAUCACUGGACCUUCUAUGCUUUCUACGCCUGGCACAAGCCUUUACGGUGACGGAGACACACUCGGGUCAGACGAAUCGACUCUAAAGGCACUUGAGAGAUCGAGCUCAACGCAAGGUGUUGCGCAUCGCAGUAUUCGACGCUCUGGUGGUUUAGGCCGAAUGAAGUCAAUCCGUGAAGUGGCAAGAGGAGCACACGAAGCAAAUAAACGUUAUACCUCAGCUACGGUUGCCCCUGAAAAAGGCGACAAGACUUCAAGCACGAUCCAGCGCCGAAAAAGUACUAAGAUGUUUGGUGCUAACAUUGUGCAAAUCAAACCGCAGCGUGGUAGCCUACUCAUUCCUCAGAUCCCACAAGACACAAUACCUAAACGACAAGCUACCUUUCGGUGGUUCAAAGGUCAGCUUAUUGGAAAGGGUACUUAUGGUCGUGUUUACCUUGGUAUGAAUGCUACAACUGGAGAGUUUUUGGCAGUCAAGCAGGUUGAAGUCAAUCCUAAAGCUGCUGGAAAUGAUAAAGAAAAAAUGCGUGAGAUGGUAGCUGCGCUAGAUCAAGAAAUUGAUACUAUGCAACAUCUUGAUCAUGCUAAUAUUGUGCAAUAUCUCGGUUGCGAGAGAGGCGAGAUGUCCAUCAGUAUUUUCCUGGAAUAUAUAUCUGGUGGUAGUGUAGGAGGUUGUCUUCGAAAGCAUGGCAAAUUCGAAGAAACCGUGGUCAGCUCGUUAACUCGCCAAACUCUAGACGGAUUAGCAUAUCUCCAUCGGGAAGGUAUCCUUCAUCGCGAUCUCAAAGCCGAUAACAUCUUACUCGAUGUGGAUGGAACGUGCAAAAUUUCUGAUUUUGGUAUCUCAAAGAAGUCAGACAACAUCUAUGGUAAUGAUGCGUCCAAUAACAUGCAGGGAUCCGUGUUCUGGAUGGCUCCUGAGGUCGUUCGAUCACAGGGCGAGGGAUAUUCGGCAAAGGUCGACAUUUGGUCACUUGGCUGCGUUGUCCUAGAAAUGUUAGGUGGGAAACGACCUUGGGCCAAGGAGGAAACUGUAGGCGCUAUCUACAAACUGGGAAGUCUAAGUGAGGCGCCGCCGAUUCCGGAUGAUGUUGCUCAGGCCAUCAGCCCUGGGGCUUUAGGUUUCAUGAUGGACUGCUGGACUAUUAUUCCCAGCGAACGUCCGACAGCCGAGACCCUCCUUACCCAGCAUCCCUUCUGUGAACUGGACACGCACUACAACUUCCUGGAUACGGAACUUUACGCCAAGAUUCGCGGCACAUAUUAG